UCUUUACAAAUAAACAAAGGUACAACAGAUUCCUCUGCCUUUAUCAUCACGCUGUAGUCCAAAGUGCAACACGCCUGUAAUCCAAUCUCUUACACAUUACCUUGCAGUAGCAGCGGACAUUUUACAUUGUGUCACAUUACUCUCAUGUAUUUAAAAUAUGUGUAGCCUAUAUAAAAAAUAUAUAUACACGUUUUUGAGUAGUCCGAAUCACAAAAGGGCGACGCUGUUGACUGGCGGAGUAUGAGAUGCAGCUGCCUGCUUUCGGUUCGGCGAAUCGCUCGGAUGUCUGACAUAGUUGCGGUCGCUUCGCUCGCACUGCAGGGUCGUUCGUGGACGAUGUGCCUCGUUCGUUGCUGCCUGCCAAUGCACUACAGCUGAUGACAUAGUGACCAUGCUCUUCUACACCGUGCAUAUUUGGCCUGUAACACGGUGACACCGGCGUUAGUUUACGGCCAUGGUAGCAGGGACGGGAAUGGGUUAGAAACGCUGGAGCGGGGACGCAUUGAGCGCUGCCCGGCUAUUGAUGCUGAUGCAUGGGGUCUCUUUCCCUUGCCAAGUGCAAGGAGGGAGCGAGAAAAAGGAAAAACUCAGUAAGUGGGGUGGGGGUUGGGGAGAGAGAGAGAGAGAGAGAGAGAGGAUGAGGGGCGGACCUCAGCGAAAGCACGCAGCUUUUAGCGUAGCUGGAGACUCAGUCUACGUCACUCUUUCUCUGUCGCGAUACCGGGGCAGCUGGCAGCUCCGUCUCGGCGUUUUUUUAAUUGCUUGUGGGGUAUUUCGGUUCGUCCCCCCCAUCAAGAGCGGAGUGGGCGGGAGGAGGUGGGGGGGUUCUCCGUACGCUGCGGAUGGAAAUGAAAGUGACGCCGGGAUUCUGACCGACGUUGGUUUCCAGGAGCCGGGGGACUGUGGAGACACUGGCGAUGUAGUGACCCCGAUGUUUCAUUUAGGAUCCCUGCUAGAUGUAGAUGUGAUAUAUGUUGGGCAAAGGAACAAAGAGGAAACUGGACGAAGAUGAAGAAGGAUUGGCGGAGGGAGCGCCGGUGGAGGGUGGGCCGGGGGGCACGGGGGACCCCUCCUCCAAGCUGUCCUACAGCCUCCAGCGGCAGACGGUCCUCAGCCUCUCACUGAUGAAGCUGUACCACCCACGGGCGCUGGCCGAGCCCAGUCUGGAGCGCCGCCUGCUGGUGAACAACGUGCUACGCCGCAUCCAGGAGGAGCUGAAGCAGGAAGGCGGACCGCAGGCGCUCUUCCUGCACCCCCCGUCGCCCCCGUCUGAGCACCAUCCCUUAGGGGAGGGUUUUCGUGAGGCCCAGCCGGCCUUUGGGGUCCCGCCUGUCGCAACCACGCCCUUUCUGCCGCCCACGGGCCUCGCCCCCGUGCCGCCAGACUCCUGCCUCACCCCUGCCUCCUUGCUGGAGGAUGACACCCCCUUGUUAUGUACUCCGCUGCCCACGAGCACCCCCCAGAGGCCAACCCCUAUCAUUGCGAAAGACAGUUUCUCUUCAGCCCUGGAUGAGAUUGAGGACCUUUGUGAGACGCAGGGUCCGACUGCUACCUCCCCCCCCAGCCCCGUGGGGGCGCUGCCGCACCUACCCUCUGUGGCCCCUAUGGGGAUAGACUCCAAAGACGGGGCCAAGCCCUGCAGCCAAAAACUGGGGGUGUCGGCCUUGCUGUCAGAGGGCCAGCCAGCAGUGGGGGCACAAGAGUCCCGGCUGAUGGAGACCCAGCUCCCAGGCGGGCUGGACAUCAGUUCCUCCUCUUCCUCCGGUUUCCUCACCGACCUAACCCUGGACGAUGUCUUGUUUGCGGACAUCGACACCUCCAUGUACGACUUUGACGCCUGUACCGCGUCCGCCUCGGGCGGUGCCGGCAAGAUGGCCCCCCUGGUGACUGCCGACGACCUCCUAAAAAGCUUGUCCCCAUACGCCGGAUCGGGGUCCACCGCCACCCCGGUCAGCCCGAGCCAACCUUUCAAAAUGGACCUGGCAGAACUGGACCAUAUCAUGGAGGUUCUGGUGGGUUCCUGACCUGCCCGUCUCUUCCCCCACUGCACAAAAAGGAAUCAAAUUCCAGUACGAGAACAAAAAGCCGUUUUUAUGUAUUUUUAAAAAUGUUUUGUUGUUUUUCUAAGACCUGCUGAUGACACGGUGCUCGUGUGCUGCCCCUCGGCCGUCCGCUCUGAACGUACGACAUGAAGGAAUGGCGGCAUGACGGCGGCUCCUGGAAGAUACCGGUGCCUUGAUCUGUGAACUACUGUUUGUUCUGGUCUCUCCCUCUUUUUCCCUCCUCCGGUCGCCGCGAAGCCGUACUUUCGCUGACGCAUUUAGUCGCUUCUUGAGGAGAGCACCUCCUUCUGUUGGAAGAAUGAACUUUUUACUUGUCAAGCACAAAUAUUUAUAUGGGGGGAAAAUUGCAUGUUUUUUUGAUAUUAUGUUUUCCCUUUUGAUCAAUGCAAGUGUUUUUUUUUUCUUUUCUUUUGUCUUCCUUUAUUUCCUGGUGAUGAGUACUCGGUCUCCCUGAAAGAGACAUUCGGCUCUGUAUUAGGGUUAUGUUUGGGUGGGAUUGCUUUUCUCAUCUAUCUGGAUCUUCUGUUGCUGCGUACAAGACUGUUUUGUACUUUGACGCGGUGUCAUGUGGACAGGAGAUGGAGCAGGGGAUUCUGGGAUGGCUCAACUGGGCACCUGUUCCACCAGCAGUUGCUUACCAAUACAUGACCCAGCCUUUCCAGCCUGUUACAGUGUGGGGUGAUGGAUGAUACAGCUCAAUUCGUACCUCACCCUGGUGACUGAACGUGGUACUGCCUCCCCUUGAAACUCUCCUUGAAGAUUCCUACCCCCCCCCCCCCCAUGCAUGUUAAAUUGUGCAUAUCACCACCUAUCCAUGGUGGGGGGGGAUCCUUUCCAUAUGCACCCAUUUAGAUUGGAUUCAUCUUCAAAUUUAAUAUUUAUUUGGGGGGAAGACAGUAGGAUAGGCUUUAUUAAUAACCAUAAACCUGAAAUAGCCAUAACUAAUGAUAUAUGUACAGAACAGUACACUAACCAGAAUAUGUAACUCUUUUUCCCAACCAAAGCAGAAAAUGUUUUUAAAAAUCUUUUUUUAAAGGCAUUUUAUUAUAGGAAAAUAAUCAGAAUGCUUUCCAGCAUUUGGAGCACUACAGGACGGUGCCGGGCGCGCUGCGUGGAAAAGGAACUUGAAACGAGGCGAACUCGGGAACUUUUAGGAACGAGUCACGCUGUGCCCCUCGGCGUCUGAUUGGCCGAAGGUCGCUGGUCUUCCGGGAAUCCAUCCAAUGAAAGUCCGACAGCCUGCCGUAAUCCUACCCUACCGAGGCGUUUUUUUUCUUUUGAUGGUUUCGUCGGUACGUGAAACCUCUGACAUCGGGAAAAUCUCAAUUCUGACUGUAUAAGUAUCUGUUCUAUUAAUUUAUUUAUUUACGUACAUGUUUGUUGGCUUUUUUUUUUACAGUAUGUCAUCCGGCCACUAUUAAAGCUCUCCGCUCUCUCCUUGUGUCAGUUUCGUCCGGCACUUACUAAUUGCAGGGGUGCUGGGCGCCCGAAACAUGGCCAGUUCGGUUCGAGGUGUGCAGCUGCCUUUGCUCCACUGGGGUAAACUGGUGUAAAUGAUGUGCAGGUCCUGAAGCCACACGUGCCACAGCACGAUGCGCGUUCGUAAUCUAAAUUAUUAGCGCAGCCUUGUGGUCUGUGAUUUUCAAGGUCAGUCCCCAACUCAGAGAAGUGUUUCCAGGGACCAGAUUAAUGUUUUAUGAUAAAUGCAAAUGCAUUUUAUUUGCUUUCGCGGUUCAGAUCGUACUGUCCCUCUGAUCCAUUCCGAGGCAUCGUUAGCAAAGCGGAUGUGCGACCUGCCAGAUCGAUGCGCUGUCUGCACCGCCCCGAUAAAACGCCGGCUUCAGGCCAGAAAGCUCUGGGUUUCUCGGCCUUAUUAGCUGCGCUAAUAUAAGGGAAAUUUAUGCUCGUUUUGUACCUGCACCCAAAAUCGAUCGUGAUAUUUUCGUCUGCCCUGACCAUAGCUCGAGUUUUUUUUCUUCUUUAACGCUUUUGGCACGUACGGUUGACGGGGAUGCAGCGUUAUUCCCGGCGCUCGCCAUAGCGGGGACACGGAGUCUGUGGGUUUAGGGUGCUUGGGGUCAAGGUGAGAGCUGAGCAGGCAGCGUGACUAAUUCAUAAUUAAUGAUCAUUUUUAAAUGUUUGAUUUUUUUUUUGCAGUGAUUGUUUUGUUCAGUUAUUUAUUCUUUGUUUCUAUUGUAAAUAUAUUUAUUUUUCAUGUGACGCUAACAUGGGGAUUGUAACUUGUACAGAUCGCACUGUAGGAAUGUAUAUUAAGGAUUGAAAUGAGUUGGAGGUUCCUAACGUCUCCCUCACCUUGAUUUGAUGAUUAUUUAUGCCCAUGAACCUGUCUGUGGGAAGAGCUAUGGUAUCCAGUAAUGCAUUUUUUAAAAGACAAGGGCCUUUACAUCAGGUUUGGAAUCCAAAGCUUAUGUAGAAAUACUAUGUAGUCAAGCAUAUUUUUGUUCUGAGGACUUAUUGUUUGGUCUGUUGUGUUAUUCGGCUUUUACUGAUUGCAUUUCAUUUAAAGUCGUUAUUACUGAUGUCUCAGCUGCGAGCUGUACAGGCAAUAUGCAGUAAGGUUGGGUGGUUAUUGCGGCCGCUGUGACUGUGUGCAACACGAGGGGGUGGGAAGAGGAGGGGUGUGUUUUUCCAGACCUGGGCGCUGUGCCUUUUUCUAUGCAAUAUAUACAUAUUAAAUAUAUAUAAACCGAUUGAUCGGAAAAAGAAAAUCGACAUCACCAACAAUCGGCCGUGUGAAAAGGUCGCGAUGUCAUGUCGCUGUAUCCACGUCAUAUUUUGGACUGUUGGACGUAUUAAAAAUGGACGAGCGUGUCUGAAUUUGAAUCACUCUUACUUUUGUAGUUUUAUAUUAUUCAAUAAACCGAUGAAAACAG